GUCUGAAGCCACACCCGUGGGUGGCCUUGAAAUCUCCUCCCUUAAGGUUAAAAGCAGAAGGAAUGACAAGGGUGUGAUUGUAAAGUGCAGAGUAAUAGACAGGUGUUAAGCCUUGAGCCCUAGUGAGAGUUUACUUUAUCAGCCCAGCAAGACACAGAGUGAGGUGAACUUACAAAAUGAGCAGGUUCUCAGCAACUAAGAACUCUCUCCUGCAGGACAACAGCUGGAUCAGGAAAACUGAUGAUGAGGAUGAAGACGUUGACCGAGACCCAAACUUUGGCAAAAUUGUUCUAAGCCAGUACAGAUCCACUGAAAAUCUUGUGGGUUCAGAACCUGAAGAAGUGCCUACCACCAAACCAAUACGCACAUCAACAACAUCUGUGCAGGCUCUCUCCAAGAGAUUCAGUGGAAGUCAGGAUGAGCUGAGGAGCAGCCCCCUCCCUUCCAGCAAGCCUAUGUCCUCCUACACCAAAAGCACAUAUUCAAGCCUGAAGUCAGAUUCUCCCAAGACCACCACAACCACUACAGUGACCAAGGAUGGAACCACCAUCACCUCCACCAAGAGUCUGAGGUCCCCUGUGAUUACUUCUCCCACCACAACCUUCACCGAGAGGGUCAAGUCUUCAAGCAAAGGGGCACAAUACUCAACCUACUCACCUACCAGAACAACCAAAGUGACUGAGACAACUGUUACCAGCAGUAAAGAUCCGGAGGACAAACUUUACGACUCACUCAUUCCUCCAUCUAUCAAGGAUGAUUUUUCACCUACAGACAGCAAAACAACUGUCUCCAGUACUGAGACUGUGACGGUGAAAAGCAGCCCUGAUGGAGACAGUAUUAAAACCACAACCACUACAAGGACGUCCUCUCUUGCGGAGGACAAAUUGUAUGACUCACUCAUCCCCUCAUCUAUCAAGGAUGAUUUCUCGCCUACAGACAGCAAAACAACUGUUUUCAACACUGAGACUGUGACAGUGAAAAGCAGUCCUGAUAGAGACAGUAUUAAAACUACAACCACUACCAGGACUUCCUCUACUGCGGAGGACAAACUGUACGACUCACUCAUCCCCUCAUCUAUCAAGGAUGAUUUCUCGCCUACAGACAGCAAAACAACUGUUUUCAACACUGAGACUGUGACAGUGAAAAGCAGUCCUGAUAGAGACAGUAUUAAAACUACAACCACUACCAGGACUUCCUCUACGGCUGAGGAUAAUCUGUAUGACACCCUCCUGCCUAAAUCCAUUACAUCUUCUCCUGUCAGAGGAGAAAGCCCAACUCUCUCAUCGCCAUCCUCCACCCGCAGAACCACCAGCUACAGCUCGUACACUGAUGAUAUUCCUUCUACCCGGACCACCUCCUACACCAUCAGCACCAAGCCCAGUGAGGACUAUAGCAGCGACCUGAAAACCUACUCUUACUCCAGACCAGACUCCAGUUAUGAGUACAGCAGUAUCACCAGUCCCAGUGUCUACACCUCGCCAUCAUACAGGAGCAACAGCAGGUCAGAUGACAUUCUGGCAGAUCCAAUUUACUCUAAAUCCUCCACAAAGAGUGUGUAUGCAUCUCCUGAGAGGGCAGUGCUUGAGAAAGACCUGUGCACCUACUGCCAUAAGCCCUUCAAUGCUGAUGCCAAGAUGGUCCUGGAUGACCUGAAGAUCAACUGUCAUGCUUCCUGCUUUAAAUGUGCAGUGUGUAACAGCACUCUGGGUCAUAUGAAAGCCGGGGACAGCAUGUGGAUCUACAAACGCAUGGUGCACUGUGAAAACUGCUUUGAGGUCACCAGAGAGAAGUGGAGACGCUGAGAACCUUCACUGGAGAUAUAUAAGGACAUGAACAAAGAUAGAAAGAUAGAAAUUGAUAACUGUUUAUUGAUAUGUUUUGGGUGACGUGGGUUCUACUGUACUAAUGUUUUUACAAGCCGACAGAGCUUUACGUGGGUGUUUUGACAAAUGACAGUUACAGUCUGAAUAUAGCUUUUUUUGGUAACAAGCAACCAAAAUAGCAGCUAGUUGUAACAGUGUUGUUGACAUCAUGAUACCACUGUCUCUGUAUCUAACCCUUUCACAAAUUUGAGCUAGCAUUUCUGAUAUCCUCUUAAGCCUGUAUCCUUCAGGGGACUCUUGUGUGUAAACAUGAUGGGAGAUAUUGCAACAUUUAGGGCCGGGGGCUUUUUCUUUGUGCAAUAAAGGCAACCAAUAUAUCUUUAUCUGAAAAAA